AUGAUUAGCACAAUUGCCAGGACCGACAAAUCCACCCUACAACAUGAUGAAGGAUUGACUCAGUGCCAGUUCAAUGAAGCAAAGACUGCAUACAGGCGAAAAAUAAAAUUAGGCAGGGAGUGGGGCCCCGCCAGCAAGGGUAGUUUGAAAGGACACAGUUGGGUUGAAGAAGCUCCCAUCCAAAUGCGGCCGAAACCGACCUACCUGACCGUUCAGAAAAGGAAAGGUGGACGGACGGCAUUUGCUUCUGCAGUGUCGGGAAGAGUUGAGACUGGGUUACUAUGGCGUGUGAUACGGGGAGGGAGUCUGACGAAGUGCGUGUGGUGGACGGCCGCCGCGGGUCUGGAUCCAGUUGUUGCUGUGCUGUGUGUAGGGUAUAUUUCUUCGAUGGGAAUUGGUAGGGAUGUGUCGGCCCGCCCUUUUGGGGCGAGGCGAGCCCGUGGUCCAGGGCGAUAG